UAGCUGUCUUGCUACGGAGCGAAACAAAAGGUUGAAGGAAAUACAAUGAAACGAUAAAAUAACUUUAAUUCUUUCUGCGGACGUGAACGUUAGAGAGCGAAAGAGUACCGCUGACGGUGUCGCCUUCGAAUGACAUUUCCUGCCAGGGUGGAAAAUUUCAUUGUGAACGUUUGUUGUUUUGGUAGCUAGCCGUUAGCUCACUAGCUAGCUGGGUAGUUUUGUUUUGGUUUAGCUCUCAGGAGGUAGUUUAGGGUUCAGCCCGAGACGUGUACCUUUGUCGAUCCGUGACUUUUAACUUCAUUCAUUUCACCAUCGUGAAUGACAAGUCGUCGGGGCUUCGUGUCUGAACUUGUCGACAUAUUUUUGUGAAGUUUUAAACUUGGAUCGUUUUGUAGUCCGCUUUUUCUUUAUCUUGUUGUUGACAUUAUAAUGGCUGAUUAUCCAUCCAACAAAAGAGUUACGUUUUGUCAUCGAAAGUCACUAGAUUAAUGCGAUUAAAACACCUAAAACCACCAUUGUCUAAUUUUGGAAUUUUUCUUUAUUUUUUUGGUCGACCGUCGUCUGUGUGUCUUUGUAAACAUAUGAUUUUGUAUGAAAAUUUUGCCUGCAGAGGAUAAAGACGAGGACUUUCGAGACAAAGGAACACUUCAAAGGAAACUCCGGCAAGCUGACAUGGCGUAAUAUGGUCUGGGAAGUGGUGCCCAACAGAGCAGACCGAAGCCAGCUGGUAGAGCUGCAGAACGCCUCAGGAAUCAGAGACGAUUUUGACAUGCUGAAGUGCAACGAGGACCUGCCAUCCUCUCCCGGAUACCCUUCCAGUGAGAGUCACGUGGAGUAUGAUGAUCUCCCGGAGCUGCAGGAGGUCCAGGAAGGCAGAGGCUCUCCGGCCGUAUUCCAGUUGUCAGCUGGCGUCUCCCACCAGGAACGGCCGCAGGGAGCCUGGAGCCCGGCUGCGGACAGCGGCUCUCCUGAUACCAACUGGCUCGCCGAGCUGGCUAACAUCGCCACCAGUCCACAGAGUCCCCUCCUGCAGACCCCUCACCCCAGGUCCUCCCCUGUCCACAUCUUUGCCAGCAGCAACAGUUUACAUUCCUACGCCCGCCCCCCCCAGGCCUCCAGCAGCAGGCGUGUGCGGGCGAGCAGCGAGUCAGAGUCGGGGGUCUUCUGCACGUCUUCACUCUCUGAUGAUGAUGACUUGGGAUGGUCCCAUUCCUGGCCCCCUACCGCCUGGCACUGCUUCCUGAAAGGCACACGUCUACGCUUCCACAAGGGCCCCAAUGUGGAGUGGCAGGACGCCGAGGACCUUGCCGACUCUGAUGACGAGUCUGGCGAUGAGGGGGAGCCACCAUGUCGCUCCAUCAAGAGGUAUGGCUCGGAAGGCUUGAAGCUGGUCGCCCACGAGGAGACCGUUUCUUUCGGCCAGUCGGUCCUCAAGCUGACCUUUGACCCUGGCUCGCUGGAGGAAGGCCUCUUGACUGCAGAGUGCAGACUGGACCAUCCCUUUUAUGUGAAAAGUAAAGGGUGGUCCUCCUUCUAUCCGAGCCUCACCGUUGUCCAGCACGGGAUUCCCUGCUAUGAGGUCCAGGUGGGAGACCUGUGUCUGCCACCCGGGCACCCAGACGCCAUCAACUGUGACGAUUCGGUCGUCUUUGACACGUUCAGAAGCUAUGACUUCACCCCCCUGGACUCAUCGGCUGUGUAUGUGCUAAGCAGCAUGGCUCGCCAGAGGCGAGCCUCCCUGUCCAGCGGGGGCGCCGUCAGCCCUGACUGUGAGAAGUUGGCUCGGGAUCUGGAGCCGUGCAACGCCUCUCAGACACCCCACAGCAAAUCAAACAAAAGCCACACCUCAGGGACCGGGAGCAGUGCCACGCCCACCAAGUGCAAGCGGCCAAUGAACGCCUUCAUGCUUUUCGCCAAGAAGUACAGGGUAGAAUAUACACAGAUGUACCCAGGGAAGGACAACAGAGCCAUCAGUGUGAUCCUGGGUGACAAAUGGAAGAAGAUGAAGAAUGAGGAGAGGAAGCUGUACACCAUGGAGGCCAAGGCCCUGGCAGAGGAGCAGAAGCGCCUCAACCCUGACUGCUGGAAGCGCAAGAGAACGAACUCGGGCUCGCAGCAGAACUAGGUCACAGACGCAGCCAGACGCAGAGGAAAUGUGAACUGGACAGAGUCGUGGACAGGACCGCCUGCCCCCCCCCCCCCCCCCCCCUCCCCACAUAAGGUCGACAUGAUUUUACUGUGACAAUGAACACCGUUUUUAAAGAGGCUCUUCAGCGGAAGACGCCGGGGUGCAGGGGGCAGGCAGAACACAGGCCGAACUUUCAGAUAUAAUCCAGUAAAUAACUGCUUCAAUAUUUUGUGUGUUUAUUUGACCGAAUUGCCUUAUUCUUCCAAAGUAAGAAACCGUUCAGUUCUUUUUUCAGGUAAUUUCAUACUUAUAGGCUUGAAACACAAGACCCUAUGGUGCUACGCUGGGGAGAGAUGGAGUUGUAUACAAAUGUCUAUUUUUAAAUGUAAAAAAGGGGAAUUUAAAAUUGCUUUAUUUCAGCUGUUCAUAUAAUUAUAUUUGUAUUACUCACUAUGUUAUUGCAAUAUAUAGUAAUCCAUUUAACUUUGUAUUUGCAGAAGAGCUGGGGGUGUAUAAUGUAGCGAAACCUCUUUAGCUGAGGCUUCUGCUAUAUACUCUGGGUGUGUGACUAAAGCUGCCAUACACUGAUGUAUUAUAUACAGCUGUGAUGGGAGACGUGGGCUUUUGAAACUGGUGGGCAGGAUUAUGAGUCACCCACUUGUCAAUCUCGCAUGCCAUUGGCUGAACCGGAUGGUGAUUGACAGUGCGCGGUCCCGCCCACUGCCACUCUCAAUGCCCCGAAACUCCCAUCGCUAAUAUAGAGGCGCACAUACACGCAGUUCUUGGGGUCUAUACUAUUGCCCUAUAUGUUUUUGCACUUUAUACACAAACAAACACACACAUACAUACACAUAGUCGUAUAACAAAUUUAUAACAACGGAAGCUGUGUUUAAAGAUUUUUUUGUUUUGUUUUUUGGAAUAAUUUCAGACACAAUCGUCGCUUAACUGAGUGACUCCAGCGUACUGCUGAGUUUCAUUGCGUUUUUAAUUUUCUCUGUCAAUAAUGUACAGCUCCUUGUCCAACAGAACUGUUGCACAGAAUGAUCUUGUAUUAUAUUAUAAAUAAAAGUUUAAACUUAA